AUGUUCCUAUCCAAACGUUCGCAGAAGGAGCCUGCGACCUCGACUGCAACUGCGACUAUGCCCUCUACCUCUGUCGCCGGUGCUUCCUUUCUCCAGUCUCCCAACGCUAUCCCCCCGCGCUCCUCGAGCACCGGAUAUAACGUGCCUCAUCCUCCUUCCAAGAGUGUUCUGCGGCCAGUCGCCGAGGGUGACUGGAUUGGCCAUCAUCGUACGACCCGAAGUCGCAAGGCUUCCGUCACAUCCACAUCUUUCCUCGUGAACAUGGGAACUCAACCCCCGACCCCUCCCGAUCCAUCGCGGUACGCUCACGAGGACUUCAACUUCGCAGCGAAGAAGACUUUCUCUGAGGAGAAGGAGAAAGUCGUCCUCGGCCCCUUCGACUACCUCUACAACCACCCCGGCAAGGAUUUCCGUGCUCAGCUCAUCAAGGCCUUUGAUGCCUGGUUGGAGGUGCCUCCCGAGAGCCUCGAGGUCAUCACAAAGGUGGUGGGCAUGUUACACACGGCCUCGUUGCUGGUAGACGAUGUGGAGGACAACAGCCUGUUGCGCCGGGGCAUGCCGGUCGCGCACAGCAUCUUUGGUGUGCCACAGACGAUCAACAGCGCCAACUACAUCUACUUCUGUGCGUUACAGGAGCUCGGGAAGCUGCGGAACAGCAAGGUCAUCAACAUCUUCACGGAAGAGCUGCUGAACUUACACCGCGGGCAGGGCAUGGACUUAUUCUGGCGCGACACUCUGACCUGCCCGACCGAGGACGACUACUUGGAGAUGGUCGGCAACAAGACGGGCGGUUUGUUCCGCUUGGGUAUCAAGCUGAUGCAGGCCGAGUCACGGUCUCUCAUUGACUGUGUGCCCCUUGUCAACCUCAUCGGGCUAAUUUUCCAGAUCCAAGACGACUAUCGUAACCUUUUCUCCCGGGUGUACAGCGAGAACAAGGGCAUGUGUGAGGACCUGACCGAGGGCAAAUUUAGCUUCCCGGUCAUUCAUAGCGUGCGUUCGGACCCGACGAAUUUCCAGUUACUGAACAUAUUGAAGCAGAAGACCACAGAUGAGGAGGUCAAGCGUUAUGCCGUUAAAUACAUGGAAGGCACCGGCAGCUUCGAAUACACCAAGAAAGUGCUUGACGUCCUCAUUGACCGCGCGAGGCGCCUGACGGAUGAGAUUGACGAAGGGAAAGGUCGAAACAGGGGAAUUCACAAGAUCAUCGACAAGAUGGCCAUUACAGAGUGA